AUGUCUCAACAGUAUAGAUCCACGCGUACUUCCUCUGAUCAAGCUCUCUCUUUUGAAGAAGCGGUCAUGAUGGGUCUCGCUAAGGAUGGUGGAUUAUUUGUUCCAUCAUCUAUCCCAAAGUUACCUUCCAGCUUUCUUACUGAAUGGAAAGACUUGUCAUUCAACCAGUUGGCAUUCAAAGUCUUGAGACUCUACAUCAGUUCCGAGGAAAUCUCAGACUUCGACUUGACCCGUUUGAUUCAAGUCUCUUACUCCACCUUCAGACACUCGGAUGUCACUCCACUUGAACCAAUCGACGCUGACAACAACUUGUAUUUGUUGGAGUUGUUCCAUGGACCAACGUAUGCCUUUAAGGAUGUUGCUUUACAGUUCGUCGGAAACUUAUUUGAGUACUUCUUGACCAGAAAGAACGCUGGUAUCGAUGACCCAAGCAAAAGGGACACCAUCACCGUUGUUGGUGCUACCUCUGGAGACACCGGUUCCGCUGCCAUCUACGGGUUAAGAGGUAAGCAAGACGUUGACGUCUUCAUCUUGUACCCAACUGGUCGUAUUUCACCUAUCCAAGAAGAACAAAUGACCACCGUAGAGGAUGAAAACGUUCACACUUUGUCUGUCAAGGGUACCUUCGAUGAUUGUCAAGAUAUUGUCAAGCAAAUCUUUGGAGAUGAAGAAUUCAACUCUAAGUACCACGUAGGUGCAGUCAACUCUAUCAACUGGGCAAGAAUCUUAGCUCAGAUGACCUACUACUUCUAUUCUUACUUCCAAUUGAAGAAUAAGCUUGGUGACGAACAAAGCAAGAUCAGGUAUGUUGUUCCAUCCGGUAACUUUGGUGAUAUUUUAGCUGGUUACUAUGCCAAAGAAAUGGGUUUACCAAUCGACAAGUUAAUCAUCGCCACCAACGAAAAUGAUAUCUUGGACAGGUUUUUGAAGUCUGGAAGAUAUGAAAAGGCUGCAGAUUUAUCCAAACCAGCUGAAGUUAAGGCAACUUACUCUCCAGCCAUGGAUAUUCUUAUUUCAUCUAACUUCGAGAGAUUAUUGUGGUACCUUGUUAGAAAUACUGUAGCUCAGGGAGAUGAUACCAAGGCUGGUGGAAUAAUAAACGAGUGGAUGGUUCAAUUGAAAACCACAGGAUCUGUUGUUGUCCCAGAAGAAGUCAUUGCCGCUGCUAGAGUAGAUUUUGACUCUGAAAGAGUUGACGAUCAAGACACUUCCAAGACCAUUAAGCAAGUUUAUUCCAAUCACCCAGAAAAGUAUGUUGUUGACCCUCAUACAGCUGUUGGUGUAGCUACUUCCUACAGAAACAUCGCAAAGGAUGCUCAAAACGGUGCUAAGGGUGUCUAUUACAUCUCCUUGUCUACUGCACACCCAGCCAAGUUUGCUGAUGUUGUAAAUCAAUCUUUGGGGGAAUUCGAAGGCUACAGCUUCGAAAAGGACGUUCUUCCUGAGGAUUUGAAGGCAUUAGCCUUGAAGGAAAAGAGAAUACAACUUAUUGACGAGCCUAGCUUAGAAAAGGUGAAGUCUGCAAUUAUUGAGCAAUUGAAUAAAUAA